AUGGCGGGCAGAGGUGCCUGCCGUGUCCCGGAGCGGUGGACCGACUACAUCCCGCUGGGCCGCAGAAUGCCAGGCACGCGCUUCGUCGCCUUCAAGGUGCCCCUGAAGGAGAGUUUUGAUCAGAAUCUUCUGCCAGAAGACAGAUUUUCCCCUCAUGACCUCAUCAGGAAGGUGGAGGAGAGGAAGGAGGAGCUGGGGCUGAUCAUUGACCUGACAUACACCACACGUUACUACGGGCGUGAGGAGCUGCCACCCACACUGCGCUACUCCAAGAUCCUGACCAUGGGGCGUGAGAUCCCAAACAGAAAAACCAUUUUGAGGUUCAAAUACCUUGUGAAAAGGUUUCUGACAGCCAACAAAGACAAUGAUAAACUCAUCGGGGUGCACUGCACUCAUGGCUUGAACAGGACUGGCUACCUGGUGUGUAGGUACCUGAUUGAUGUUGAAGGCAUGGACCCAAAUGCUGCCAUAGAGUUGUUCAACAAGUGUCGAGGGCAUCCCAUAGAGAGAACCAACUACAUCCAGGAUCUGCAGAAGAGAGCCCUGAAAAACAGCUGUGAAGUGAAGAAUUUGGGCUCAGAUCUCCUCAGGAAAAAAGGCAGCACCCCAGCCAAGCCCCAGGAGCAGCUGGUGAAGCAUCCCCAGCCCCGCCCGAGCCAGCCCCCCCUGGCAGUGCCCAGGAACCCUGGCAGCAGCAAGAAGAAGCAGUGGCCUGGCCCCACAGCUCAGGAACAGUCCCAGGAGCUGGGACACAGGCAUGGGGCCCUGGAGCAGGGGCAGCUGGAGCAGAAGCAGUUGAAGAAGUUGGAGCAGAGGCAGCAGAAGCAUCUGGAGCAGAGUCAUCCAGAGCAGAAGCGGCAGAAGAAGCUGGAGCAGAGGCAGCAAAAAAAGCUGGAGCAUCAUCAUCUGGAGCAGAGGCAGCAGAAGAAGCUGGAACAUCAUCAUCUGGAGCAGAAUCAUCUGGAGCAGAAGCAGCAGAAGAAGCUGGAACAUCAUCAGCUGGAGCAGAAGCAGCAGAAGAAGCUGGAACAUCAUCAGCUGGAGCAGAAGCAGCAGAAGAAGCUGGAGCAUCGAUCCGCGCUGCGGGGGGGCUGGGCCCGGUUUUGGAGUGAGAACGGCCGGGUUUGGGUUUGGGCGGAGCGCGGCCUCUACACGGGCGCUGCCCCUUUAAGACCUGCCGCUGUGACGUCACGACGCACGACGUUCCGCAGAGAAAACCAGGCGGAACGAGGCGGGGUGGUGUCGCGGCGGGUGGUGGAGAACCCGGAAGUGCAGAGGGGCAAACGGCAGCCGCGCUCGCCAGGGUAG